AUGGCUAUAUUUAAGAAGAGUAUAAUAAUAUUUCUUUUCUUUACAUUUUUCAAUUAUUGUUUUUCUCAAGAUGUAAUUGAAUUAAACGAUUCAAAUUUUGAGAGUUUAACACAAUUGUCAACUGGAAAUACUACUGGAUCUUGGUUUAUCAAAUUUUAUGCCCCCUGGUGCUCACACUGUAAAGCAAUGAGCAAAACUUGGGCACAACUAGCCACUGAAUUAAAAGGAAAAAUAAAUGUAGCUAAAAUUGAUGUAACCUUAAAUUCGAAAACAAGAAAAAGAUUUAAAAUAGAAGGUUUCCCAACACUUUUAUAUUUUAAAAAUGGAAAGAUGUAUGAUUAUAAAAAUCACGAUAGAUCCUUAGAAGCUUUUAAAAAUUUCGUCUUAGAAACAUACAAAAAUGCCAAAGCAUCUGAACCACCUAAACCACUUAACUAUAUGGAUAUUCUUAAAGAUUUUUUGAAUGAAACUUUUCAAAAUAUAGAUAGAAUUUAUAAAUAUGCUUUCCCAUCCUUAGCUGUUCUUGUAUCCGUAUCAUUCUUAACAGGUUCCAUCUUUUCUUUAAUUUUAUUGAAAUGUUGUUGUAUGAAAAGUGGAGCAUCGAAAGUUGCUAAGAAAAAGGAUUAA